GCAAACAGCCCAGAGGGAGGAGGAUGAAGACGCUCUCUGCCGCUCAAUUCAUGGCGCUGCUCUGCCUGGGUUUCCACCUUCUACAAGGGGUUAUCAGCACAACCGUGAUUCCAUCAUGCAUCCCAGGAGAGUCUGAGAACAACUGCACAGCUCUAGUUCAGACGGAAGACAAUCCCCGUGUGGCACAAGUGUCAAUCACCAAGUGCAGCUCUGACAUGAACGGCCUCUGCCUGCACGGACAGUGCAUCUACCUGGUGGACAUGAGUGAAAACUACUGCAGAUGUGACGUGGGCUAUACUGGUGUCCGGUGUGAACAUUUCUUCCUCACCGUUCACAAACCCUUGAGCAAAGAAUACGUUGCCCUGACAGCGAUUCUCAUUCUCCUGUUCUUUGUCAUCACCGCUGGGUCCAUAUACUAUUUCUGCAGAUGGUACAAACAUCGAAAAAGUAAUAAAUCAAAGAAGGAAUAUGAGAGAGUAACUUCCGGAGACCCCGCGGUGCCACAAGUCUGA